AUGGAGUGCAUUUAACUUUCGAUGGAAAUAUUUUUUAUUUUAUUAUUUUAUUCAUCAAAACCAUUAAUUGACUGUGCAUGUUCAUUGACCCAUAAAAUGAUAUCUUCAAAUUCACUCUUACUUGUCUGAGAACUCAUGGUUUGGCUGAAAAUUCAUGACAACAAACCUUGUAUUUGCUCACUGUUUAAUGGUGCAUGACUCUGUAACUGUCUCUGUUGGUAUGUUUUUCUAUAUGGAUUUCUGGUUUUACAAGAUCUUCAGGGAAAUUGGAUGCAUUACAGUUGGGUUUUGUCUGUUAUAGGGGGAGGAAGCAGGGUUAGAACUUUGGAACUUUGUGGGUUUUUCUUCAUUGCAUGUUUUUCUAUAUGGAUUUGGGGAGGUGGGUUUUGUUGGGUUUCUAUGAUUUUUGGGUUUUAAAUCCUGGAGAUCAAUAAAUUGACUCUGGUUCAAGUGCCCAAGAAAAAUGCUCUUGUUUUGAGAAUUUGCUUGAAUUUAGCUUCUGAAACUCUUUUCUGUUGUUUUCCUUUUGGGUUUUGUUUUCUUUGUUCUGUUUCAGAAGUUCUCCCUUGAAAUUCUUCCUCAAAUCCAAGGACUUUGCUAUGAUUAUCACUUUGAAAUCAGGGCCUAACUGGGGUUCUCUUUUAUUUUUAUUCUGAAAUGCGGCUUCCUCUUGAUCACCUUCUCUGGAAUUGGGGCCUACUUUCCUGAGUUUUCUUUGGCAGCAGCACCAACUACAUGGUUUCAGUCUUCUGCAUUCCAUUUUGAGAAUUGAGUCUUUUAGGAGAAGUUAUAAGACGACAUCAUGCCGAAUUUCUCAACUAGAACAGGCAUUUUUUAUCCUUGUUCAUGCAUUUUCUGUUGUUAAUUUUCUCUUGUUGAUGUUCGACUGCUAUGUCGGAGGACACAAAUGUUCACAGGGUUGGUGUGUCAUGGAUCAUUUUAAUGAGCUUUUUUCUCCUCCCAUUUUGCAAUGGGUUGAACAUGGAAGGCCAGUACCUCUUGGAACUGAAGCAAAGCCUCCAUGAUGAGUUGAAUCUCCUCUCAAACUGGAAUUUCUCUGAUGAAACUCCCUGUUCAUGGACUGGUGUAUAUUGCACUCUUAGUUAUUAUAACACCCCAACUGUCAGGUCUCUUAGUCUUAGCCAAAUGAACCUAUCUGGAACUUUAUCGCCCAGUAUUGAGAGCCUGACCGGCCUGAAUUCCCUUGAUUUAUCUCAUAACCAUUUAUCAGGAAAUAUACCAGAAGAGAUUGGGAAGUGCUCAAGCCUAGAGUCUCUGGAUCUCAGUAACAACUAUCUUGAAGGGGAGAUUCCCCCACAAAUAGGCAACCUCACCCUCUUGAAAACUCUGAUUAUUUGGAAUAACAGGCUUUCAGGGAGUAUUCCUGAGGAUACUGGUCGGUUAUCAUCUCUUGUUGAAUUAUGGGCCUACACCAACAACCUAACUGGGCCUCUUCCUGCUUCUCUUGGAGGUCUCAAGAAGCUGGAGACAUUUAGGGCAGGACAAAAUUCUCUCUCUGGAAGUUUACCAGUCGAAAUAAGCAAUUGUGAGAACUUAAGAGUAUUGGGUCUUGCUCAAAACUUGCUUGAGGGCGAAAUCCCAAGAGAAAUAGGGAAGCUUUGCAAUCUCACUGAUCUGAUAUUAUGGGGAAACAAGUUCUCCGGAGUCAUCCCAAAGGAAAUUGGGGAUUGUCAGAGAAUUGAGACUCUUGCUCUUUAUCAGAAUAAUUUGGUGGGAGAGAUACCAGUGGAAAUCACAAAUUUGAAGUAUAUGAAGAGGCUCUAUCUUUACAGGAACCAGUUGAAUGGAACCAUUCCAAAAGACAUUGGAAACCUCACUCUCGCCACUGAAAUAGACUUCUCAGAGAACAGGUUGACAGGUGAGAUACCUGGGAGUAUCAGCAAUGUGAAGGGCUUAACAUUGCUUUACUUAUUUGAGAACCAACUCGGUGGCGUUAUUCCUAUUGGCCUUGCAAGCUUGACUAAUCUGUCUAAGCUCGAUCUCUCGAUAAAUUGUCUCACUGGUCCCAUCCCUGUGGAAUUUCAGUACCAGAAGAAUCUGAUAAUGUUACAGCUCUUCGAUAACUUGUUAAGCGGCACCAUCCCACCAAGGCUUGGGGUGUACAGCCCAUUGUGGGUGCUUGAUUUAUCAGAGAACAAUCUCAGUGGGAAUAUACCAAACCAUUUGUGCAGGCAUUCGAGGCUCAUUUUGCUAAACCUCUGGUCAAAUGAGCUCAUAGGUAACAUUCCAAAUGGAGUAAGAAACUGUAGAACACUGGUUCAGCUUCGAUUGGGCGACAAUGGGCUCACUGGUGACUUUCCUGUUGAACUCUGCAAACUGGUGAACUUGUCAACCAUUGAGCUGUUUCAGAACAGGUUCAAUGGAACCAUUCCUCCUGAGAUAGGAGGCUGCAGAACCCUUCAAAGGCUCCACCUUUCAAACAACUAUUUCACUUCAACCUUGCCUAGAGAGAUAGGCAACCUCUCUCAGUUGGUAAGCUUCAACCUUUCUUCCAAUCAGAUAACGGGAAGCAUCCCUUCUGAGAUUGUUAACUGUGCGAGGCUUCAGAGACUUGAUCUGAGCAGGAACCUCUUUGUGGGUACUCUUCCAAGCGAGCUCGGAAGGUUUGCACAAUUGGAACUCUUGCUGCUCUCUGAUAACAAGCUAUCAGGAACCAUAACCAAUGUUCUAUGGCAAAAUCUCACCCAUUUGACUGAACUGCAAAUGGGUGGGAACAACUUCUCGGGUCCAAUACCUCCUGAAUUGGGCCAGCUCUCUAGCCUUCAAAUUGCCUUGAAUCUUAGCCUGAACAAUAUCUCUGGUGAAAUCCCAUCAGAACUUGGGAACCUAGUUUUGCUUGAAUAUCUCUACCUCAAUAACAACGAUCUCACUGGUGAGAUCCCCUCCACAUUUGCAAAUCUCUCAAGUUUAAUGGGUUUUAAUGUAUCUUACAAUGACCUUAAAGGCCCUCUACCUGAUAUUACCCUCUUCCUGAACAUGUCAGUUAGUAGCUUUGUGGGAAACCAAGGGCUUUGCGGUGGACCUUUGGGGAAUUGUGGCUCUCCCCCAUCGCCUGCUGCCUCUCAACCCUUGCAAGAUAUGAAGGCACCUGUUGGCAAAAUAGUUGGUAUAAUAUCUGCAGUUGUAGGUGCGAUCUCACUAGUUCUAAUAGUGGUUAUCAUAUAUUUGAUGAGACGUCCAGUUGAGGUGAUCACACCUUACCAAGAUAAGCAGUUCUCCACUGUUUCCGAUGUCUAUUUCUCUCCCAAAGAGGGGUUCACUUUCCAGGACCUGAUUGAGGCCACAAAUAACUUUGAUGACAGUUUUAUUAUUGGAAGGGGAGCUUGUGGAAUUGUGUAUAAGGCGGUCAUGCCAUCAGGUCAGGUGAUUGCUGUGAAGAGGUUGGCAUCACAAAGAGAAGGGAAUAACAGUGUGGAUAGUAGUUUCCAUGCUGAAAUCUCAACAUUGGGGAAAGUCAGGCAUCGAAAUAUUGUGAAGCUUUGUGGGUUUUGUUACCAUCAGGGUUCUAAUCUUCUUUUGUAUGAAUACAUGUCAAAGGGAAGCUUGGGCGAGCUGCUUCAUGGGUCAUCUUGUAACCUUGAUUGGGAUACCCGUUACAUGAUUGCUCUUGGGGCAGCGGAAGGACUAUCUUAUUUGCAUCACGAUUGCAAGCCUCGUAUUAUUCACCGAGAUAUAAAGUCUACCAAUAUCCUUCUAGAUGAUAAUUUUGAGGCCCAUGUUGGUGACUUUGGACUAGCUAAGGUGAUCGACUUGCCGCAAUCGAAGUCAAUGUCGGCUAUUGCAGGAUCCUAUGGGUACAUCGCUCCUGAGUAUGCAUACACAAUGAAAGUUACAGAAAAAUGUGAUAUUUAUAGUUAUGGAGUUGUUCUAUUGGAGUUGUUAACUGGUCGAACACCAGUACAACCACUUGACCAAGGGGGAGAUUUGGUUACAUGGGUGAGAAGCACAAUCCAGAACCUUCAGUUGAAUGCGAAGGUACUUGAUUCUCGAUUAAACUUGGAUGAUGGAAAUACUGUUGAUCACAUGAUCACUGUCCUGAAAAUUGCUUUGCUUUGCACGAGUAUGUCGCCUUUUGAUCGACCAACUAUGCGUGAAGUCGUGAUGAUGCUAAUUGAGUCCAAAGAGAGAGCAGGAAACAAUGUGGCCUCUCCAAAUUCUGAAGUUCCUUUAAAGGAGGAUGGCUCAUAAUGGUCCCUUGAUUUAUGUAACUGAGAUAUAAUUCUUUUUUUUCAAUGAAUCCUUGUAAUAUUUACAAAAAGAAAUUAAUGAAAUUUGACUGUGUACAA